CUUGAUGCUGAGGCCAUGGCCAAGGUCGGUAUCCUAGCCAGCUCCUCCUCUGAAGACAUAAACCAGGAAGUGACAACAGGAAGUCUCGACCCAGAGUCAGGUCUCAUCAACCAGGAAGUAGGCCAGCCUGAGAUGGAUGACAACGAAAAUGCUGACUACCCUGAUGAUUUCCACGAAGAGGAAGAAGGGUCAGAUUGCCAGACAAUUGCCAAGGGUGCAUUGAUCAAGGAAGAAGAGAAGGAUGAAGAUGAUGGAGCUCCAGGCCUCCCUGAGGAGGUCCAGGAUCAUCCCUCCCUACCUGCGAGCCACUCUGAGAUACCCUCCCUACAGCCUGGGGAAGUUCUGAUCCAGGAGAAGGUCCUGAUACCCCCCCGGCCCAGCGCCCUGCACCACCAGACCCUGCAUGACCUGCUGCACAGGUUGGUGGGACGCCUGGCCCUCCAGGGGCCCCUUCGUUCCUGCUUCACCCCCACCAACUCGGAGAUAGAGGCUGUCCUCCUCCAAGACGUGAGCCGGUUUCUCUGGAACCAGGCUAGGAUUGGCCUCGUCCUGGAGCAUGAACCCCAGAACCCGUUCUUCGGUGGCGCCGAUGCCCUGGACGCCAUUUUUGAGGCGACCUACGCUGAGCUGAUGCUCUGUUCCGAUAGAAACAGGGCCCAGGUCCACUCCGCCCUCCAGGGAGGGGCAGGCAUCGUCUGCAUGGCCGAGAACGUCGCCAAGGUGAUCUGCCAUCACGCCGAGGUUUGGCGGCCUUCUGCCGUGUCGGGUGAGAGUCAUGAUUUGGAAACAGGUUGUGAGGAGAAGGAGAGCGCAGAGGACUCUGCUGGCUUGGAAAAGGCCGGUAGAAAUUCCACCACCUUCAUCACAAACACAAGCUUGGAUGAAGGGCUUGAGAUGGACUCUGCUGGCUUAGAAAAGGCCGGUGGAAAUUCCAGCCCCUUCUUAAGCAACACAAGCUUGGAUGAAGGACUUGAGAUGGAGUCUGUUGGCUUGGAAAAGGCCAGCAGACUCGCCUCCUGCCUCUCGUCCUCCUCCACUUCCAGGUCCUGCUACUCGUCCUCUUCCUCCACCUCUGUUUUCUCCUCUUCUUCGUCCACCAAAUCUUCAACCAGUUCCUUCACCUCCAUGGGCUCCAUGGCUCGGGCCCCUAGUCCAGAGGGACAUCAUUUGGGGCCAUUCGGAAAGACCGACACCCCCAUCCUCCAGAGAUGGUUCACACUGAAGAAAGAGAAGACUUUCCUUAAGGAUGGACAGCAUGUGGCUGCCAAGGGAAAAAAGACAAGCAGAAUAUUCAAGACAAACAAAGUGUCUCCCCUUAGCGCUGAACGUCCAGACCUUGGCGAGUCCUCCAUUGCCAGAGGACAGGAGAAGAAGAAGAAGAAGUCCAUCAAAGCCUUCUUCAGGGGGAUCUCUGCAGUUCUCUCCAAGGCUUUCUGCUUCGGCUGCGUGAAGGAUAUUCACCAGUAGAGGGCGCCACCUGCUUACUCAACUGGCUGGCAGAGAAAGAGAACACACACAUACUUGCACACACACACUCACAAACACACACUGCAUACAGAUACGCACACACACACACACUAUUUUUAAGUGAGAGGUCACAGUGCUGAAGUUCCGUGUGAUGUCAUACCCUAUUGUGUGAUGGUGUUUCCUGUCCAGGUCCAGACCUUGGCGAGUCCUCCAUUGCCAGAGGACAGGAGAAGAAGAAGAAGAAGUCCAUCAAAGCCUUCUUCAGGGGGAUCUCUGCAGUUCUCUCCAAGGCUUUCUGCUUCGGCUGCGUGAAGGAUAUUCACCAGUAGAGGGCGCCA